GUUCACAUUUUUACGACACAGUACGGGCAUUAACUUACCAAAACACAGAUGUCUUUUUAAUCUGUUUCCACCUGGGCGAUUGGUAUUCACUACACAAUGCUCUCAAUAAAUGGUAUCCCGAAGUUCGCAAAUACAGCUUACCCGACACACCUAUUGUACUGGUUGGUUGUCAGAAUGACCAGCGCUAUGUGGAGAACCUUUAUGCGUCUUUUCAUUUGGUACAAAAUUCAGUUACUGGUGCCAUUAGUCCGCUUACUUCAGCGGUGAAUGAAGUCAAACAAAGGGUUGUCUACACGGAAGAGGCACUAGAAGUGUGUCGCCAGAUGGGCGCCGUCACCUACGUGGAAACAUGCGCCUACAACUCCUCCACAGUUAGGGAAGCAUUCGAGAUCUCUUCCUUUUCCUCAUUAGAAAUGUGCUUCAGAAUGUUGUCAACUGAGACAUUCUUUCUCCUACUGCUGCUAGCAUUCUCUACUACAGUUCAUGCUACUGAAGAACUUUUUAGUGCCAUCGUUCACCUGGAGCGACUGCUACAAACAGAGCAGAGUAUUGUUGCCAAUCUGAAUAGUUAUCUUGACUAUGAGGAGAAGCGUAUUGCCAGCUUACGUCAAUUGGCACAUCAUUAUAACGAAUUGAAUUCGGUAGCAUCAAAAGAUGUACAAUCGUAUCUCUCUAAUCCAGUGAAUGCCUACUUGCUUGUCAAGCGGUUGACUACCGAUUGGAAGCUGGUCGAGUAUCUGACAUUCAAUGCGGACCGCAGGGAUUUAAUCGAGUUUCUUCAGCAAAAUGAAACAUUUCCGUCAUCAGAUGAUCUGACAGGGGCGGCGGAAGCUUUGCUUCGUCUUCAGGACACUUACAAGCUGGACACUUCUCUACUGGCGGAUGGCGUUAUUCCCAUUCGCGAUGUUCGCGGUAUGAAACCGGCAGACUACCUGAAACCAGGCUUCACUAGCAUGUCUCUCACUGCCAAUGACUGCUUUGAACUUGGUCGCCAGGCAUACUCCAACGAAGACUACCAUCACACUAAACUGUGGAUGCGAGAAGCUCUUAGUCGCCUGGAAAAUGAGGAGUCUGAUAGCUCGACUCAGGAUAAGAUGCGCAUUAAUAUUCUUGAGCACCUCGCCUUUUCUACUUACAAACUGGGCUACGUAUCCGAUGCGUACACCUACACAAUGCAACUGCUGGAACUGGAUCCUGAUCAUGAACGAGCUCGCGGCAAUAUUCAAUACUUUGAUAAAGAGCUGAACAUUAAGAAUCAAAUUAGACGUGUUCGAAAAGGUGACGAUGGUGAUGAUGCCGUGUCUGUGGAAAACUCUAUUGCUGAAUCGAGUUGGCCGAUUGAGGAAACUGAACGCCAAACUUACGAAGCACUGUGUCGUGGUGAAAGCCGAUUAAGCGAACGCACACGCUCUCAGCUGGUGUGCUUUCAUUUGGACACUUCUAAAUCAAUUGAUCCAUACUUGAGACUGACUAACAUCAAAGUGGAAGAAGCGUACAAGCAGCCUCAAAUAGUGAUCUUUCACGAUUUCAUGUCUGAUGCUGAGGCAGAAGUCAUCAAAGCUCUAGCAGCCCCCAAAUUGAAGAGAGCUACUGUGCAGAACUACUUUACUGGGAACCUGGAGACUGCCAAGUAUCGAAUUUCAAAAAGUGCAUGGCUCACUGAUCGAGAUCACCAUGUUGUAGCCCGUAUUUCUCGACGAGUUCAGGCGAUCACUGAUCUCGAUUUGAGCACAGCUGAAGAGCUGCAAGUGGUCAACUACGGUAUUGCUGGACAAUACGAACCACACUACGACUUUGCUCGAAGAGAAGAGAAAAAUGCUUUCAAAUCAUUAGGCACAGGUAAUCGAAUAGCUACAUGGCUUAAUUACAUGAGUGAUGUCGAAGCUGGCGGAGCAACAGUUUUUACUCAACUUGGCGUUACCGUUUGGCCAAAGAAAAACUCGGCUGCUUUUUGGUACAACUUGCACAAGUCGGGAGAUGGAGAUUUGCUGACUCGACAUGCUGCCUGCCCAGUUCUGCUUGGCUCUAAAUGGGUUUCCAACAAGUGGAUUCACGAACGAGGGCAAGAGUUUAGAAAGAAAUGCGGUGUCAGUCCUUUUGAACCGAAUUUGGUUCAAAAAACAAACUGA